AUGUUGGAGCAGGACACCGUUCUGACUAUUCCGCCAUGGGCGUACUAUGCCGUGAGGCUGCUGGAGAUUGCCGCGAUGUUUGCUGUUUGUGGCCGAUGGCUGGAUUGGGAUCCCGAGUCUGCGCAGGCUCUCUUUGAGGAUGACGGACUUGUGAUUGCUGGGUUUCUGACCAGCACUUUGGCUAUGUUCUUGCUUGCCAUCGUCAUCAGGACAGUGCUUAGCGUCAGAACUUUGAUGGACUCGCCGGUCUCUGACAUCUGGAGUGGUGCUGAAUUCAACAAUGUUCAGCAUGCACUGAAGAACCGGAUCCUGAAGGACCACGACACUGACAGGGACGCCCUGGGGCUCAUCAUGAGGAUCCUGGAGACAGAUCCUGGGAUGAGUAGCUCAGCCUGCCGAUGGCACGCGAAGGAAGCAGGCUCCAGAACAGCAAGAAGAUUCCCUAGACUACCGGUCAGAUUUCCGAGUUGA